AUGGCAAGGGAUCUUUCACCAGCCCCUCAAGGCUUGAUUGAGACCGAGACACUCUUGUCCAUAGUCCACCUUGGACGAGCUGCGGGUUCUCCAGGUCUCAUUGAUCCAUACACCGCCCCCAGGGAACCCCCAGGAACUACUGCUUCGCUCCGCAAAGUUCGCGUCAUCGAGCAUUGCAUUACAGUCGGUCUGGACGCACGCUGGCCUGCUCGCGAUGUGGCCUUCAACAAUGUCGGUGAAUGGACGGAGACGCAAGUGAAUGGGCAACCGACCGUCUUCUUCAACCCGCAUCAAGGCUUCGUCCAUCAUCGAUUUGCACCACGUCGAGCAACAACUCCACGCAUCUUCACCAUGGACGAUCGCGCCGGUUCACCUGCUGCGUCCGCAGUCUUUCGUCCGCACGGCAGCGAGGCUGACCUCUUCGACCACCCGCACUACACACACCAUCCGCUUCGCCACGCAUCCGCAUCGACAUCCUUCAGCAGUGACGCCAGCGUCGAUCCUCGUAACAUCUUCCACCACGAUCAAUACCUCUCCAGCAUCCAGAUGGGCGCUGAACCUCAUCAAACAACGGCAGUGUCGAAUGUACCGGCGUACUAUCCGUUCCGGUCAUCAGAGCUGUCAACCUCCACGCUCACCAUCCCUCCCGGCCCAAUCAAGAUUGACACGAGUCCACCUCUUUCAACACCAACAGUUCUUCCAAUCGAAGUCGAUGUCACCAAGUACGAGCCGCUGGAGUACGAAGAGUGGCUGAGGACACCGACAGAGUACACCGGCUCGCCACCAGACACUGCAACCUCCCCCACGGAUGAGACUCCAGGCACGCCACCAGAUUUCGCCAUCGCCCCAGACUGGCGUCGGGGAUCAGCGUGCAGCACGACCGACGAGCAUGUUCUCCACGCUUUCACUCCGAAUCCUUUCCAAGCGGCGUUGGAGAAGAACAUCCGCGGUCGCCGCCUGUCGUAUCCCGACCACUACCAGUUCUUCCCACAGCCUCUGGACUCUUACAGCCUGUCUGCUGGUCCCAUCCCAACAACAAACUGGAGCAUGCCACCAGCGUACACGGAGAACCACAUCAACUUCAACCGUCUUACGGAGCUGUCGGCCAGCGCAUCACCGCAAGACAUCGAGCGCCCUCUGACCAGUCUUUCCGUGAGCUCAGCAUCCACCAGGCCUGCCGCUGAAGAAGACGACGACCACGACCAAGAUGGUCCGUCCGCACAACCACCCACCCAACAGUCAAGCGACUACAACGAGCGCAACGACCUCCUCCUCGACCUCCGCAACAAAGGCCACUCGUACAAGGAGAUCAAGCGCCUCGGCCGCUUCCGCGAAGCAGAGUCCACCCUCCGUGGCCGUUUCCGCAUGCUGACGAAGGAGAAGUGGGAGCGGGUGCGGAAGCCGCAGUGGAAGGGCGCGGAUAUUGCUUUGCUUCGGAGGGCUGUCAAACACUUCCGGCAAGAUGGUGUUGAGUCUUCGAGGAACCGCAGGGCGGCAAAGAAGAUGCCGUGGAAGAAGAUUGGAGAGUGGAUGCAGGAGCAUGGGAGCAGUUAUACUUUUGCGCCGGCGACGUGUGCGAAGAAGUGGGAUGAGAUUGCUGCUUGA